UCUCUCUCUCUUUCUCUCUUUCUAUAACUACAGUUGUGUGUGAUUAUUGGAGAGAUGCAGGCCAUUAGAGUUUGAGUUAGAGAGGAACCCACCUCAUUUACACUUUCUCUAUAAAGAAAAGAAAAGAAAAAGAAAAAGAAGAAGAAGAGAUCAAGAAGAUAGGGCAAAGAAAGAAAGAAGCUUUCAUCAGCUUAGCAUGAAGAAGAUGUUGUUUUUGAGAGAGAGAAAGUUGGACAACAAAUGAACGCAGCAGCAGUAGCAGAGAGAUCGCAGAGACUGGAAGAAAGAAGAAAAGGGUUUGUAAAUUGUUUUAUUAAUUGUCCCUCUCUCUCUCUCUCUCCCUCUCUCUCUCUCUCCCUCUCUCUCUUACUCACUCCUUUUAUCGGAAAAUAAAAGUCAAGAGGGCAGCAGCAGUAGUAAGUAGCAGUAGUAGCUUCGCAGCAGCAGCAACAGUCUCUUUGUAAUUAUAUAACGUGAUCUUCUUCAUAUCUUACCCUCAGACAGAAUUUCAGAUAUCCCACUCUUUAAUUUUCAUAACCCACCAAAAAAAUCUUUCAUUUUUUUCCAAGAUCUAAUCCAUCGAUUCAGUUGUGGCUACCACAAGGAGAUUUCCUUCAGAUUCCGGUGCUUUUGCGGAUUGGGUACCUAAUUCAUCUUCUUCUACUCCUCGAACAACCGAGGAUCUCUCUCUAGGGUUCAAUGACCCCACAGCCGCCGCAUCCACCGCCGGUGUAGCAGGUCGCGGCGGGGCUAUAUGGCCCCGCCAAAUCAAUUACGGCGUUCCGCAUGACAUGGGUCAUUUUCGAGACGUAUUUGUCGGACCCAAUAACAUCAAUCUUCUUGCUGCCGGCCAAAUCAAUCUUCUCUCUGCCGAACCCAAUAAUAGUAAUAAUAAUAAUAUUGACACGGGAAUUCAGCUUUGGCAGAACCAGCCGGUGAACUUGUUUCACGGCGGAUCUUCGGUGACGGCGGCGGGGACAUUAAGUUGUCAGGAUUGCGGUAACCAGGCUAAGAAAGAUUGUACACAUCGCCGUUGCAGGACUUGUUGUAAAAGUCGAGGUUUCGAUUGUUCUACACACCUAAAGAGCACAUGGGUUCCCGCCGCUCGCCGCCGCGAACGUCAGCUCAUGACCACCGCCAACAUCGCGACAGCCGGAUCUUCCGGUUCCACAUCCGGCACCAAAAAACCUCGUCUUAAUAUCACAUCUCAAACCACUACUACCUCCCACACAUCUACUUCCAACACUACCCCUAGAAGCUUCGAGACUACAUCUAGCCAUCAAGAAGGUAAUUUCAAAGAGACAAUGCCGGGUCAAGUGCGUGCAUCGGCGGUGUUCAAGUGUGUUAGGGUUACAGCCGUGGAUGAUGGUGAUGAUGAAUAUGCAUACCAAGCGGUUGUGAAGAUUGGUGGUCAUAUUUUCAAGGGAUUCUUGUAUGACCAAGGACCGGAGGUGGUGGUGGCGGCUAGUAGAGAUGGGUUUCCAAACAUGUCUGAUUUGCAUUUGGGUCCGGUUAUUGAUCCGCCGUCUUCGGAUCAAGUAUAUCAAACCGCCGGCGGUGGGCUACUUGGAGGACUUGGUUCAGCUUAUGGUAACCAAAUCAAUUGAUCAUUCUGGAUAUUUAUUUCUUGUUGUGCAUUGAAUAAAACAAUGAUUUAAAAGACUUUAAACAAUUCUUGAUCACUCUAGCAUAGUAAUUAAUUAUUCCCAUUAAUUAAUUACCUGCUAAAUUUUACUA